GUGAAGUCAGACGGACAACGAUGAACGGCUGCGCUGGGAGUGUUUUAUGGCUGCCUACUCAGCACGACAUCCAGUAAUUUGUUGUAUUUGAGAAUAUUCGGUGUUUUUACAAGCGGGGAAAACGAAACCACGGCUCGUUGUUGAGCGAGGAAUGUAAAGUCGACUGAAUGUGGACACGGCUAACUUUUAACGGCUAAAUGAGACUCAGUCGUCGAGCGAAAUUCAACUUCAUCGAUCGCGGAUAGUUCAGAAAAUACAUUCAACGGAAGUCUAACUCGGAUUAAAAGCAGUGCUUUGAAGACCUGGACACGGUGUUCCAUGAAGAAUCACACGACUUCAACGGGGCAACUAUCUUUUGUAACUUUUCUGUCAAACUGUUGUUGUAGUGGCGUACAUUAACGUCGGCUAACUUUAGCAAGCUAGCUAGGCACAUUAGCAGGCAGCAUAGCAGUACAGUAGUUUGCUACUGUCUGGACUAUUUCAGCCAACUUUUUAUCACAAUGUCAUUCAAACGUUUUGCAACAGGUAGACCUUUUGCAAACACGACGAAGCAGUAAAAAAAAACAUCAGAAAUUUUGAAACUUGAGCGAUAUUUUUCUUGUGUUUGUAACUCCAGUUUAUGCUGUGAGCAAUGCCAUGAGUAGUAGUUUAGCUUUUUGGUUUUGAAGAUUAUCCCCGUGUUUCAGAAAACAAGUAUCCCGAAUGAUGCAGUCUGUGGACACCGUCUAAGCCCAGUGCCGAGCGACCAUGUUGGAUCAUACAGAAUAACACCAGACUUGGUCAGGAGACGAGCGUCAAGUCGUGCCAGUUGGCUCUGUAUUUUUUUGUGCUGAUGCGAACAGAAGAGGAAACCUUUCAUUUGUCCUAGGGGAUACACUAGCUUGCCUGAAGUCUUUGUCAGUUUGUGCAUCAAAAUGUCGGCCAUCUCCGCAUCCGAGAAAGUCGAUGGGUUUACGAGAAAGUCCAUGAGGAAGGCCCAGAAACAGAGAAAAUCCCAAGGCUCUUCUCAGUACCGCACACAGAGCGCUCCGGUGGAGCUUUCACCGCUGCCGCAGCUCAAAGAUGCUCCAUCCACAGAGCAGCAGGAACUCUUCACCCAGAAGCUCCAGCAGUGCUGCAUGCUCUUCGACUUCUUCGACUCUGUGACAGACCUAAAGAGCAAGGAGAUCAAGAGGGCCACACUCAACGAGCUUGUGGACUACGUCUCCACCAACAGAGGCGUACUGGUGGAGUCCUCGUACCCAGAGAUCACUAAUAUGAUCUGCACCAAUAUAUUCCGGACUCUUCCACCAAGUGACAACCCUGAUUUUGACCCAGAGGAGGAUGAACCCACUCUUGAGGCGUCCUGGCCUCACAUUCAACUGGUCUAUGAGUUUCUCCUACGCUUCCUAGAGAAUCCAGACUUUCAGCCGAGCAUUGCAAAGCGCCACAUUGAUCAGAAAUUUGUUCUGCAGCUCCUGGAGCUGUUCGACAGCGAGGACCCGAGGGAGAGGGACUUCCUGAAGACCAUCCUGCAUCGGAUUUAUGGAAAGUUCCUGGGGUUGAGGGCUUUCAUCAGGAAGCAGAUCAACAACAUUUUCUUGCGGUUCAUCUAUGAAACUGAGCACUUCAACGGUGUUGCUGAGCUGCUAGAGAUCCUGGGAAGUAUAAUCAACGGGUUUGCGCUGCCUCUGAAGGCAGAGCACAAGCAGUUCCUUAUGAAGGUGCUGAUCCCGUUACAUACAGCAAAAGGACUGGCCCUUUUCCAUGCACAGCUGGCCUACUGUGUGGUCCAGUUCCUGGAGAAAGAUCCUACACUCACUGAGCCGGUGAUCCGCGGGCUGCUGAAGUUCUGGCCUAAAACCUGCAGCCAGAAAGAGGUGAUGUUCCUGGGUGAAAUUGAGGAGAUUCUGGAUGUCAUCGAGCCGACGCAAUUCAAGAAAAUCCAGGAGCCAUUGUUCAAACAGAUCUCUAAAUGUGUGGCCAAUCCACACUUUCAGGUAGCGGAGCGGGCGCUCUAUUUCUGGAACAAUGAGUACAUUCUGAGCCUCAUCGAGGAGAACAUUGACAAGGUCCUUCCCAUCAUGUUCGGUAGCCUGUACAGAAUCUCCAAAGAGCACUGGAACCCGACAAUCGUAGCUCUGGUCUACAACGUGCUGAAGACGCUGAUGGAGAUGAACUGCACACUGUUCGACGAGUUGACCUCCUCUUAUAAAGCCGACCGGCAACGGGAGAAGAAGAAGGAGCAGGAGAGGGACGAGCUGUGGAAGAAGCUGGACGAGUUGAGGCUCAGCAACAGCGCUCUGGUCCAGAACAACAGCCACGGCUUCCCGUGUGUCCACAACAACAACAACAACAACAACAGCAACAGUAAUAAUAAUAAUAAUAAUGACAACCAGGACAAGAGCGUCGAGGCUGCAGCCGUCGCCGCCACAGAAAACGACGACCCCGACGUCAGCGCUGCGGCCGGUGAGAGCACCCCAUGUGCCAAAUGACAGCGGAUGUCAGUUUUUUAUUCUGUAACGGUUUCGUGAUCAGGACUGUCAGGAGAGGAUUAACGGAGACAGAGAAACACAAAUUACACCUCAACAGUAUAUUAAAUCUACUUAGAGUGACUUAGAACGCCAGCAUUUCUUUGGCAGAAAAAAAUAUAUAUAUUUCAACUUAAGACUAUUUUUGGAUGUUACAGUGUGGCUGCAGUAUAUUGUUUAUUUGUCUGAUCAAAGAUUUAUCCUUUCACAUUUAGUUUCUUAACUGAAAAUGAUUUUUUUUUUUUGUUAUAUUCGUUGUAUGAUACACGGGAGGGGAGAAAAUAAUAAUGACUUGAAUUUAAUGUUUCCGAUUGUGCUGCACUUAGACAAGCUGAAUAGCUAUUUAAAGAUGUCUAUUUUUUAAUGUGCUUUUCCUUGUUGCUGCCAACACUUUGGGUGCAAAACCUUAAGGAAGAAGGGAACCUGGGAGUAUUUGAGGGGAGGGGGGGCAGAUGGGACCAGAUCCAUAAUUAGACAUUUCAGUGUCCAUUAAUGUGUAGAAAAGGGCUGUUAUCAGGAGCAGAAGGAGCUACAGGACAGUUGGAGAAUGCGAGGUGCACGGCCAAAAACACAUAAAAACCAUAAAUAUAAAGAAUAAUAAUCACAGAUAUGGACCGAUAUCUCUGUCAGUGACUCUAGUUGUGACUAUGGAGUUGAAAUCUUUGGCUCAAUGUCAUAUUUGUGACAUUAUUUUGGUGUUUUAGGUGUUGGUAAAUAUUUUUUUAUCUGGGUGAAAGGCUAAUAAACACAACACCUGCAUUUAUGUGAUUACACUAAAGUAUUGAGACGGGGCUUUUUUUUUUUUUGGAGAAUGACAUGUUUUUCAACCUGACUGGAAUUAAAGGAAUAGUUCAACAUUUUGGGGGGGAAUAGGCUUCGUGGCUUUUGAUGAGAGUUAGCUGAGAAGUUUGAUACCACUCUCAUGUUGAUACUGUAAAUAUGAAGCUUCAGCCUGCAGCUAGUUAGCUUAGCUUAGCAUAAAGACUGGAAACAGAGGGAAACAGCUAGCCUGGCUCACAUUCAUGCAACGCACAUUCCUGGUAGAUUACCUCGCAAUCGUCGUGACCAAAGAUAAAAUAGUUUUCUUUACAGAAGUGUAAAAUCCCACCUGUGAGUAUAACAAACCAUUGUAAAGUGUUUUUAAAUCUAAAUUAAGUGUUAUUAUUAUUCCGUUGCUCCAACCUGACUACAUGGAGCAUAUUUUCCUCAGACUGAUGCCAAAAGCUCUGGCUGCAUCCAUUAUUUUACAAUAAGGUUAAAAUCACUCCAGUUUGUUUGUAUUUAAAGCAGACACACUCGCCUAGGGCGUGACCGUGCUCCAGCAGAAGAGAUAGUGGAUACAGCAGAAGGGGAGGAGAAUGCUGUUUGAAAUUGGCGACCAAUUGCACACUAUAUCGUUACUAUUGACAUUACAUCAUUAGGACAACCCGCUUACAUUUUGAUUCUUGCACUAGGAGCAAAGCUGAAGCAAACAAUAGAGGUGAUAGGAAUAUUAAUUAAUUUACCAUAAAACAUGCUAUACCAUGAUAUACAGUCAUGGAAAAAAUGAUUAGACCGCCCUUGUUUUCUUCAAUUUCUUGUUCAUUUUAAUGCCUGGUACAACUAAAGGUAAAUUUUUUUGGACAAAUAUAACGAUAAUACCAAAAAUAGCUGAUAAGAAUAAAAUUUAAGAGCGAUAUCUAGCCAUUUUCCAUGGUUUUCUUGAUAUUGAUUUUGGUUAUUAUCAAGAAAACCAUGGAAAAUGGCUAGAUAUCAGCUACAUCCAGCCUUAAAUCUACAGAUUGUAAUGGAUUUAAAAAGAAAUAAAUAUAUUAAAGAAAACAUUUAAAAAUAAAAAAUGUUAUAUCAUGAUAAUUAAACUUUAUUAAUCUGAACUCUUUGAGAAUCACUGGAUUAAACAAACCAAAUUAAUCAUGUUCGUUAGUGAGCUCCACAGGAGAGGCAGGUGGAUUUUGAUACUUUUAAACAGUUUUUGCUGUUUCUGGUCUUUAUGCUGAGCUAAACUAACCGGCUGCUGCACCGACAUGAGAUGAAUCUAACCCUCUGCAAAUAAGAAUAUUUCCCAAAAUGUCAAACUUCAUUUUUAUGAGUAGAUGAUAAAUAAAAACAUACGAGACCUACAGUUCUAUAUUUUUCCAGAGUAUUGACAAGGAAAAUAUUUUUGAAUGUUUCAUUUUGCAGAUGGAUUAUGACGGGGAGGCAGGAUGCGCUCGAGUGUAUAUUUGUUGAGUGCGUACAUGUGUAUAUGUUAGUUUGGAGGCUACUUAAAGGGAAAUGCCACUCAAUUUAAGACUUUCUGUACAGUGUAAUGUUUCUGUGGUCUGGGAAAGUGCAGUCAGUGCUUAGGAACAUAAAAGGUUCUCUGUCAAAGCUGAAAAAAAAAAAAAAAACUUGUCUUACCACUUAACUGGUAUUUUACAAUUCACAACAUGUGUAUUGUGAGUUUUUAUAUCCAAACCAGGCUCAUUAAGAAGUAGUGAUAUCAAGAAAAAGAUCCAAGUACCAUCAACGCCUGUUCACUCCUGCAUCUCCAGACUUUAUAACCUCACUUUUGCUUUUAGUUUCUGACACUGGGAGGUGAUAAACAUGUUCAUAAACUUAAUCUGACUGCCGUAGAUCAUAGGAAUCACUUUUUUUUCUUUCUUUUUUUUAAAUUGAAUGGUGUUCCCUCUGAACCUGGAGUCUCUGCUCUCUUACUCCUUCUGAGUUCAUAUUUUUAGGUCCAGUCUUUUCUGAUGCCUUUUCUGUCAGUACAGCAUUCCAACCUCUGUGACGUUAAACAAAAAAAACAAAAAAAAACUGCGUGGGGAACCUGUUUUGUAAUCGCAGAUCUUAUUUAGGUUUCACCAUCAAUAAAGUCUACUUUAUCUUUCUA